GAAGCUGGUUACCAGUCCUCCCACGACGCGAACUCAAGCUGCUUGCUAGAACCUUCUUUUUGAUUUUCAUGUCCAUCUUGCCCAUCCAAGCCCAAGGUUCCACUUCGUCUUCUUCGCUUGAUUUGAACUCUCCUAACACUAAUUCUAAUUAUGGCACCUCCCUCUCUCCUCCUCAAUCUCCCUCUUCUCUCUCCCGCCAAUUCCAAUCCAUGCAAUUCCCCGACGCUCAAUCUCCGAUCGCUGUAUCAGGCCUAUUGGCUCCAGCUGCUGAGGAUUCUGGUGGAUCUUCCAAAAAGGUGAAUGAAUUAAGGACAUCAAAUGGGAAGAGAAGUUUGCCUCAGCAAAAUGGUGAGACACAUGCCCAGUCUCACCUUCGUGGUCAAGGGGUUGGAUCUGCUCAGCCCAAAGGGAAAAUAUCAGGGACUGUUGGCUCACCUCAAGUUCAACAAAGUAAUAGUCCUAUCAAUAGUCAAGGAGGCAGUGCACAUUCAUCAGGAAGAAGAGCCCAGAUGAUGAACGCUAACCAUUUAUUGAAUUUUCACUAUGACCCCAUUAUUCGUCCUCACCCAAGAGCCCCCCCUCCAAGACGGCAGCAGAAGAUAAAACCGUACAACAAGGAUUUAUUCCUUCAGGCUAAUUACAAGUUUGUUGUGUUAGAUACAGGGAAUUAUGCACCUGAAUUGAUGGAUCCUGAUAAAAUGCUUAGGUGGGAGGAUAUAAUCUGUGUGAGUUAUGCAACCUCGUGUCCAGUGCAGUGUCCUAUUUGUUUGGAAUAUCCUCUAUGCCCACAGAUAACUUCAUGUGGACACAUAUUUUGUUUCCCCUGCAUUCUUCAGUAUUUGCUAAUGGGCAAGGAGGAUCACAAAGGUGAUUGCUUUAAAAGAUGCCCUUUAUGUUUUGUGAUGAUAUCUCAAAAGGAUUUGUACACCCUUUAUAUUGAGAAUGUUAAGCAGUACUGUGUUGGUGAUACCAUAGAGUUCAUGCUUCUAACUCGGCAAAAGGAUUCAUUCACUCCAUCUCAGAAAAAUAAGCUGGAGAUUGAUACCAUGCUGAGUUGCAAUGAUGGGGUUUCUGAUCCCUUCUCAAAGUUUACAUUUACUUCCGAUGUAGAACUGUCAGUGAGACAAGCAAUAUCAGAUUUGGAUGGUUGGUUAGCUAGAGCUGAUUCAGGACUUGUGGAUGACUUGGAGAAGCUUCCAUAUGUUUGUGCAGCAAUGGAACAAUUAAAACAGAGGAAGAAGUAUUGGAAUGAGCAGCAAGUAUGUGACUAUAGUGGAAAUGAUAAAUGUUCCAACAGUCAAAAACAAUCUCAAGAGUUUUUGUUAACCACAAAUGCUAAUUGUGCUUAUCAUGAAGAUGCUACUUCUAGAUAUUCAACACAAUCUGUUGAUAUCAAUGAUGAAAAUAAGCAGUAUGACAAUGUGAAAUUGGAUUUGGUUGCGUCACCAGAGGGCGAAGAUGCAAUUUUAUCAGCGUCGUACGAUGGAAGCAAGAAUUUGCAGAAAAGAGAUGUUAAGGACAAUGCCUCAUACAAUUUCUACCAGGCUGUUGAUGGUCAGCACCUCAUUCUUCACCCUCUAAACAUGAAGUGUCUUCUACACCAUUAUGGGAGCUAUGAUAUGCUUCCGCACAGAGUACGUGGAACAAUCUUGCAGUUGGAGACAUUGACUCAAUCAGAGGCUAUGAGAAGACGCUAUCGUUAUUUAAGUCAUUUUUCUUUAACGACGACAUUUCAAGUAUCUCUUUUGCUGUUGACUUUGUCCAUAUUUGCAUCUUCACUGCUUAUUAUUAUACCGAUCACUAAUUCAUAUUUUCAGCUAUGUGAAAUUAAUUUGAGUGAGAUGCUACCUCCUGAUGCCCUGUUUCCAUUCAUGGAUGAGAUCAAGAAGCGGGAGAAGCAGAGGAAGCAACUAGCCAAAAAGGAACGGAAGGAGCAGGUCAAGGCUGAAGUAGCAGCUGCUGCACAUUCUGUGCCCAUUUUAUCUAAUUUUGAGCACUCCUUUCGUGAUGACUCCCCUAAAUUUUCCAUUGACGACUUUGAAGCUCUUGGAAGUUCCACCACAAUGUCAUCGAGUCCUCCAACGUCAUCAAGCCCUCCUCUUGUUGGGGAGAGGAUACUGUUCUCGAAUGUUGCAAGGCUUGGUUUUGCUGCUGGCCAUGAUUCUCCAGCCUUGAAAAUUGAGGAAACUAGUGCUUCGCAUAAGAACAACAAAGCAGCGAAUGAUUCACCUGGUGUAUCUGGCACAAAAAAUUCAGGCACGCCAACGUUUGCCAAUGUAAUAUCCAGAGAGAAAACGGGAGAAAGUUUGGAUGCGCCCAAGAAUGAGGUUGGAAAGAAAGGAAAGAAACAGAGUCGAAUCCUUCUGUCGACAGCAGGUGGUCGCCGCUACUGAAUCAUAAACCUCAAAACUCUUUCAGUCACACAUAGCUUGUGUAUUCUGAGACGUAAACCUUGUGAAAAUAAAAUUCUUUAUGAACUAGCUUGACUACCAGUUGAUGGCAUUGAAAUUAUAAUAUUCUAUAAGAUGUUCCAAAUUUGUAUA